AUGUCGACAUCUGGAACGUUGACUAGCUACUACGUCGACUCCCUCAUCUUGCCUGAGAGUGAGGCGCUCUCCGCGCCCAGAUACUCCUCCGGUCCGAGGGGGCUCCAGCACGCGAGGCAGCCCACAUCGAUCACCGAUCACACUGAGCUUGGGCCCUGCACCUUCCCGACGAAAGCCCCGGUCUUCAGCCCGUCCUGGGGCCAUGUACCGACCCAGUUUCCAGGCGCCGUGUCGUCGGUGUACCACCACCCGUACGGGAAUCACCGAAGCCCGGCUCCAGGCGACGUGGAGGGUCGCUACAUGCAGUCCUGGCUGCUGGAGCCCAUGUCAGGGUCCUUGCCUUUGACUGGAUUACCAACGAGUCACCACUACGGGAUCAAAUCCGAGAGCCUGGAUGCGGGAGCGGACAGCGUGCUGCCUGGAUCCCACACGGCGCUGCUCCUGUCCGAUUUCGCCGACGGAACGGUGGCGACGGCAUCCCCGGUGGACAAGGACACACUACCAGGCCAGACCGGGGACCUGAACGAGGAGAAACCGGCCCUUGAUCCAAAUAACCCGGUAUCCAACUGGCUCCACGCUAGUGCCACGAGAAAAAAGCGCUGUCCAUACACCAAGCACCAGAUCCUCGAGCUGGAGAAAGAGUUCCUCUUUAACGCGUACCUCACGCGGGACCGUAGGUACGAGGUCGCAAGGCAGCUCAACCUUACGGAGAGACAAGUCAAAAUCUGGUUUCAGAACCGCAGAAUGAAGAUGAAGAAAUGUAAUAAAGAUGGUGGACCAAAAGAUGAUUUAUAG